AUGUUUCCGCCGUCGGCUGGGUAUAACCUCGAUAUUGAGGCCAUCAGUGGCAUUAUGGGGAGCAUCUCCAUUGCCUGCUGGGUGGUCGUCUUUUCGCCUCAGAUCAUUGAGAAUUUCAGACGCAGUAGCGCUGAGGGUUUGAGUAUAGAAUUUGUCAUUAUAUGGCUUCUUGGAGACUUCGCCAAUAUCAUUGGUGCUGUCAUGCAGAGAGUCCUUCCCACAAUGAUCAUUCUGGCUAUCUACUACACAUUCGCGGAUAUCGUGUUACUGGCACAAUGCUUCUACUACCGCGGAUUCCACUUCAGAGAUCCUAAGCCCGUCAAGCCUUCGGACGUGGAGGAGGAGACCCCCAACGAGCGCUCUGGACUUCUCUCAGCCAACGGAAAUGGUACUAGCGAUCUUCCUCGCACACGCUCUGCGUCCUCUUUCGGCGAGCGUUUCGUGAACGAUGGUGUUCACAUGUCACCUGCCAAUCCCAUGCACCCUGUCCCCAAGAUCCAAAGACCAAGAUCGGCCAAACGUUCCAUCGUGCAGAAGAUGCUCUUCAACCUGACCGCGAUUGUUCUUGUCGUUGCAGCUGGUAUCGCUGGUUAUUACCUCAGCCCUUCAUCAAACAGCGGCGGCGAGACUGAGGAGCAGCAGAAUGAUAACCUCCACUUCAAUAUUGUUGGUCAAGUCUUUGGCUACUUGUGCGCUGCACUCUACCUCGGCAGUCGCGUCCCUCAACUCCUGCUCAACUACCGCCGCAAGAGCACUGAGGGUCUCAACGCUCUCUUCUUCCUUUUCGCUUGCAUCGGUAAUCUGACCUACGUCCUCAGCAUUUUCGCAUUCAACCCCAUCUGCCACCACGGCAAGCACGGUCAAAAGUGCAGACCUGGAGAGGCUAGCGCAAUCUACGGCAGAUAUAUCUUGGUCAACCUCAGCUGGAUCCUUGGUAGCUUGGGCACGCUCUUCCUCGACUUUGGUGUCUUUGCCCAAUUUUUCAUUUACAGAAGUAUGGAUGACGAAGAAGAUUACGAAGAGGUCAUUGAGGAGGAAGAUAGAGGCAGAUCUUUGGAAUAG